GUCACAAUUUCUUUUGAGAGAAGCCGACGACAAGUUUCGGCCCUGUUGCAUUCGUUUAUGGUUAAAACAAGCCGAGGCCCCGAGGGCCUAUCCCAUUGAUUGAUCAACCUGUUCGAUCACAAGCGCUGUGUUACAGCGGUAUAGCACGCUCCCACAUUGUUGCACACAGCACUGAGGCGGCCCUGAAUCACUUCUUUCUUCCCUCGUUUCCUUGAGCAGCUCUCUAAAUCAACCCGGCGCACGUCGAAUCACACAACACACUUUCGCUCAUCAUGCCUGUCUGGACGCGCGCUCUGCGCAUUCUACAAAGCUACGGGGUUGAUUGGGCCAUGGCGGUUCUUAUAGCCCUCUUCGCCAAUUUCUUUCUCGAUCGAUUUCAGAACAUACCGGACUUCGACUUGACGGAUACGACUAUACAGCACUCUUUCGUACCGAAAGAAGUCUUUCCAAACUCCACGUUGGCCUAUAUUCUUGUCUUUGCCUACGUGCUGGUCGUCAUUAGCAAUCUAGUCCUGAGCCGGAACAUGUGGGACCUGCAUCAUGCACUCCUCGGGCUGACGGUCGCGUUUGCUUUCAUGGGUACAUUCGUCGAGGUGGUCCGAAUCACCGUGGGCCGUCCUCGUCCAGACUUUAUUUCUCGCUGUAACCCAUUCGCGAACGCAACCAAUCAAGUACAUUUCGGGCUCGCCAACCUCACAGUUUGUCAGACGGCCGCCGACGACCCGCUGAUCAAAGACGGCAUGCGAAGUUUCUUCAGUGGGCAUGCCUGCCUCUCUGCGGCAGGCCUAGGGUUUCUCAGCUUGUACUGGGCCGGAAAACUGCAACUGUUCAAUCAGAAAUCUUAUUCCGUGCGCGCUCCAGCAUGUCGUAUCGCCCCCUGCUUACUGUCGCUCAGUCGAAAGCCUGGCUCGUGUUUCUGCCACUGCUUGGGUCCAUAUACAUCUGCAUCACUCGAGUAACAGACCAUCGACACCAUCCUGAGGAUGUUAUACUUGGUUUUUUCUUGGGUGUCUUCACUGCAUACAUCUUCUAUCGGCAAUUCUUUCCUAGCCUGGAGGACCUAAACUCACAUCUGCCGCACCCCCCACGCUUUCCAUCGACCACAGACCGUGGAUCCUUGCGACGGUGGGGUCCCGCCGCCUUAUUCCCGUCUGCUGCCGACGAUGACGGCCCAACACCCCUCCUUCCCAUGAACAGGGCGGAUAACCGUCGCCCUCCGUCUUCUCAUGCCUCUGUUGAAGCCGAUCUGGCUUCUCAUGGAUUCACGACCACGCCUUUCAAUGCACCUGACGAAUCUGCAACGGACUAUGUUGGACUGCCUGUGAAACCUACAUAGCCUUUGCAUAGUAACAAUUCCUUCGUAGCACUACUGUUGCUAAGACUAUUGCCAUUCUCACGAGAAUUUGGCGCACCAUUUUCCCGUGAUUUGGGGGGUGUCUGAUUAGGGAAUUCUUGCGCCUCAAGAUUUAGAGCCAUGCAGAGAGUGGGAUGCAUCCUAGACCGAUAAAUGAUGAUGUCUCCGGAUCUGCAUGAAAGUUGGGUGAACCUGUGAACGUGUG